AUGCAGGUCUUCGCCGGCUCUUAUACCCUCCAGCAAGCGAAGCCCUUAAACAUCAUGGCCUUGCAUUCUGACAUUCAACAAGCGCUGCUGAGCGCUGCAGUCGCUCGCCAUUCCGACACGCUGCAACGCAAGGCAACGGAGAGCGAGAGGCUCGGCGUGCACGAGUACCAAGACCUGCGAAGGCAUCUUGAUGAGCAGACAUUUUUGGCACCAAUCGAUGCACACACGACGAGAGCCAACAUCUAUUACAUUAGAAUACGGUUUAUGAAAUUCUGCAGAGAAAAGAAGCACGGCAAUUGGAGACAGGUGAUCAGACCACUACGCUGUAGCAAAGGCUUGAUUAUGACGUUUCUAUUUUGGAUCUGCGAGACUUACCUGCGCCCGCGCCGCAAGCGAUCCAAGAAGAAGACAGUCAAUCAAUACUGGCGAGAUUUCAAAAUGCUCUACCAGCGCUGCAACGACGGACAAGAAAUUAACGGAAACCACUGCGAAGAAAUCAGAAAGUAUAUCAACAGCCGUUUGAAAGAGGUGUUUGACCUGGACGAUCAACCUGGGUCGAAACCUGUCAUGGGCGUGGACGAUCUUCUGCUCGGUCUACUCAACAUUGGUCUCGCGAUCGCAGCAUUUUCCCUACUGAAGAUGAUCGACUUGAUCUAG